AUGGAAAGGCUGGAGUCUCCUCCUUCCCUUCUCUCUCUCUCUCUUCCUCCCUUCCUUCCUUUCUUUGCUCAGGGUCCCUCCCUUGCUUUCUGCCGGAGAAGAGAGGGAUCCACCCACUUUGGAGAGCUGCUGCUGGGAGAGUCGAUCCCUGGGAGGAGGAGGAGGAGAGCCAUUGAUUGCCAGCGCAGGCAGGGAUCCUUCUUCUUGCCUUGCCGGGGAUCCCUUCUUGCUGGGCGUGGUGGGAUCAUCGGAGUGGUUCGGAACCGGUGGGGGAUCCAGCAGUGGAGGAGGGAUCCAGCUCCGCCAUUGGGCCCCAGGCAGAGCGGCUGGGUGAGUCCCCAAGCCAACCGGUUCGGAUGCGGUUCUGAUCCGGUUCUGAUCCAGUUCUGGCACCCGGCUCCUCUGCUGAGCUUCCCCCUUUUGUCUGGCCAAGGGAUCGCACGUGGCUCCGGAGGAAAGGGGCCCUGACUGGGAAAGACAAAAGCCCAGUCCUUCCCCCGUUGGGUUUCCUCCUCCCCCGGUUCGGUUCUGCAUUCGGGUCCGGUUCGGUUCGGGACCAAGAAAGAAGAAGGAAGAAAAAGGACAAAGAGCCAAGGGUUUUCAACCUUUCAACCAGGAUCCAAGGAAAAAAGGAGGACCGCCGCACAAAGUGGACUCAGGUUCGGUUCUUUUGGGUCUGGUCCGGUUCUUUGGAGUCUAAAAGAACAGAGUCGAGAAGAGAAAGAAUUUGUCUACACUUUUAUCCCUUCCUCCCGUUUGCAUUUCUUGGGUUACUCCAGUUUGACUCCGGUUCUGGUCCGGUUCCUUGGGUCUGGUUCGGUUCGUUUGGGUCCGGUUCAGUUCUUUGGAGUCCAAAAGAACCGGGUGAAGAAAAGGAGGAGACUCCAAAGAGUUGAUUCCCGGAUUUUUCCCUUCUAGCUAUUUGCUUUUUUUGAGUGACACUGGUUUGACUCUGGUUCUGAUCCAAUCUUGUUCUUUUGGAUUCAGUUCUCCUUGUGGGUCCAAAAGAACCAGGUCAAGGAAAAGAAGAGGAGACUCCAAAGAGUUUAUUCCCAUUUUUUUCCUUCCAUUUAUUUGUUUUUCUUGAGUGACUCCGGUUUGACUCUGGUUCCGAUCCGGUUCGGUCCUUGUGGGUCCAAAAGAACCAGGUCGAGGAGAAGAAGAAGAGGAGGAGGAGACUCCAGAGGAGUUGAUUCCCUUUGUUUCCUUCCCCGCCUUUGCCUUUCUUGGGUGACUCCGGUUCUGACCCGGGAUGGCGGUUCCGACAGGCCCCAGGGUCUACUUCCAGAGCCCCCCAGGAUCGGAGUCCAGGGGCACAGAGGAAGAGGAGGAGGAGGAAGGUCCAGUCCGGCGCCAAGGACGGGUCACAGUCAAAUAUGACCGCAAGGAGCUCCGCAAGAGGCUCCACUUGGAGGAAUGGAUCCUGGCCCAGCUCACCCUCCUCUACGACUGCCAGGAAGAAGAGAUACCAGAAUUAGAAAUAGAUGUUGAUGAACUCCUGGACAUGGAAAGUGACGAGUCUCGGAGCGCCCGGGUGAAGGAGCUACUUGUCGACUGUUACAAGCCCACAGAGGUUUUUGUGGCAGAUCUGCUAGAUAAAAUCCGUGGAAUGCAAAAACUAAGCACCCCCCAGAAGAAGUGAACCGGUGGCCAGAGAUCGCCCAUCGUCGCAGCCCUCCCUUCCUCUUUGGGGAGUUUGUCAUUGAAACUCUGGCUAUGCUGGGUUGGAAGAGGGAGGGCUGGUGGAGAAUCCUUGAUUCCCCCCUUUGAAAGAGUGGGAAGAUGCUCCUUUUUUUGGAAUGCUUUGAUAAUCAAACCCAUCUGGACACCUUUUUAGCAAUAUCGACCUGUUCCUCUAUGUGAUUUCCCCCCAGCUCCACAAGGGAGGUGGGCAGGGAGAGGAACAUGUGUUCCCCAGGGGGACGGGAGACGUAGGAACUUACAUUUUCUUUUUUAGGAUGUUUGGGCUUUUGGGUUUUUUUAAUUAUUGUGUUUUUAUAUAAAUUUAAUAAAGAUGCUUUGAGAACAAGGGCUUGGUUUC